GCAUUAUACAAACAGCUGCAAUGGCGGACUCCACAAUGACUACGAAGACACUACGAGAUUUCUGCCGUACUUUCUCAAUACAUCCUCCGUUCUCCAAUGGCACAACUUCAAAAGGAAAAAUAUGCACGUGCCAGAGAUUACCCUUUUUUCGAUGGCAUGCGAAGAGGUGAGGCAGCAGUCAUCCGCAAAGGAAGUGGUUUAGACAUUCUUAGAAAAGCCACAAGGAAUGACAUAACGAGGUCGGCCUCGGAUGUUGGUAACCGAGGACAGAAAAAGAUUCAUGUGGAAUUAUCUGAAAAUGAUGCAUAUUAUGAUAGAAAUUUUACUAAUUCAGCAUCAGAAAGUAUUCGUGAACCUCUUGGUUGGUCAUUCUCUGCGAAGUCAUCAGCAGCUUCCAAGAUGAGUUCCUCCCCUUUGGGAGGUCCUCGGUCUGGCUUGAAGUUUGAUUUGCAUUAUAUAGAUGAGUCUACCAUGCAGUCUAGUCAAAGAUCCUUUGAAGCAAAUGGAGAGUACUAUUUUCCUAGUGGCUUACCUUUGCCUGCCUAUGAAAGAUCUUAUAGUGUGACCAAGAGAAAUACAACUAUCUCCCGCAUUCCACUUCCUCAAUCGGCAGCAUUGUUCUACUGCGGAUAUUCACCGCAGCUGGAAGUUGUUGGAUCAUGUCAAGGAAUUCACAGGCUGAAUAUUUUUCUAAAGGCAAGAAGAGAUGAUGUUAGUGCAGGAGUUCCAUCAAGAUUCUUGCAUGCAGUGAUUGGCCCGGACUGCUGCGAUGUUGGAUCUGUUGCUUCAACCAUCAUGUAUGCUUUUUACUUGAAUGAAACAUUAAAUGACAACCAGUUCUGCACUGUGCCCGUCAUCAACAUGAAAAGGUCGGACAUUCAUUCUCAUGCUGAGCUCAGAUGGCUACUUGAUUCUUGCUUUCUUGAUCAAUCUUCCUUGAUUUUUAUUGAUGAGAUUGAUCUUUCCUACUAUGAUUUAUAUGGGAGUCUUAAACUUGUUUUAGUCAACCAAAGCAAGCUUCCAGCUAAUCAGGAGGCAUUAAAGGAUGCAGUGGUUGAAAUCUUCAAUUGCAGAGAGGAAGAUACACCUUAUUCUUCAGUUGGUGCUAUCACCCUUGGGAAGGAGGCAUCAUGCUGCACACUUAUUGCUAACAAGUUUGCAUUAACUUCACCAGAGAUACUGGCGGGUCAAGGGUUCAGUCGACUUCUGUUAGCAGGUAUACUCGUCGACACUGGAAAUUUGACAAACCCACAGACUACAACAACUGAUAAGUACAUGACCACCUUGUUGAUAAAUGGAGCAGGUCGAUUUGGAUGUAACGGUCUUUAUGAAAUUUUUAGAUACAAAAUGGAUGAUGUAGCUGACCUCAAAGCAGGAGAAGUUUUACAAAAAGAUAUUAAAAGAUUGUCAAAACCGGAUGCAGCUGACCCCAGAGCAGGAGAAGUUUUGCAAAAAGAUAUUAAAAAGUUGUCAAAGUCAGAUGCAGCUGAGCCCAGAGCCGGAGAAGUUUUACAGAAAGAUAAUAUAAAUUUGUCAAAAUCGGAUGAAGCUGACCCCAGAGCAGGAGAAGUUUUGCAAAAAGAUAUUAAAAAGUUGUCAAAGUCAGAUGCAGCUGAGCCCAGAGCCGGAGAAGUUUUACAGAAAGAUAAUAUAAAUUUGUCAAAAUCGGAUGAAGCUGACCCCAGAGCAGGAGAAGUUUUACGGAAAGAUAUUAGAAGAUGGUCAAAAUCAGGGAAACCUGAUGGUACAGGAUCAAGAAUGGGGACUUCAAAUAUUGGAAUGAGUUCAGUCGGAAUACCUAUAGGAGAGCUCUUAUCACAUCACUCUACUUCAGCAGAAAACAUAAGAAGUUUCCAGCAACUAGAGAAACUUCGCAUCCUCUUGAUCGUUUCAGGGUAUUAUGAUGCUGAGAAGAACUUCAAGAGGGAGAUUCUAGUCUCAGCUGAAUCUACUGAGCUUAUGAAAAGCCUGCUCCAGUUUAUCUACUCCUACGCAAAUGUGCUUCCACUCAAAGCUUUGCGUCAAUCAGGUCUAGCUGCUGAGAUGAGGGUGUUCGAGAUUGAAAAAAUUGUAUCAAGGAAGACGAUUGAGAAACUUCUGGAAGAAUUCAAUGAGAUAGCAAAAUAGUAUAAAGUUUACAGGCCAUUCCACAUUUGUUGUUGUGUUACGAAUAUGCAUAUAUCUCAUGUUCCAGUAAGAGUCAAGAGUAUACAUGUGUUACUUUUGUAGUUCCAAAGAACCUCUAUAUCUACUAGUUACUAUAGGAUGUUUAUUUCUCUUCCAAACAUAGUCUGUAUGUAUUGUGAUAAUAUCAGUGCCACAUAUAUGGCGAUAAUCAUUUUAUUUU